CUUUUCUCUAUUUUUUUUUCACAGGGUAUUGUUCUGGUGUACGAUGUGACGAACCCUUCAACGUUUACACAUCUUUCAUACUGGAUGAACAGCAUAAACAACAUUGCUCGAAAGGAAAUAUCACACAGUCAUAAUCACUUGGAACCAGUACCCAUCGUACUGAUUGGCAAUAAAAUUGAUCUGAAAGACCGAAUUAAAGUUUCUACCAGCAAGGGCAAAAAGUUAGCCGCGAGAGAAAUGGCGUUUGAGUUCUUUGAAACAAGUGCCAAAACCGGUGAAAACGUACAGCUAGUCUUUGAACGUUUGGCAUACCACAUCACAGACAUUUGCAAUCCCCAGUUGAUGUCGCAAUAUUACCCGAACUUAACCAUUCCAGAAGAGAUAACCAAAGCAGAAUUGAACGACUCACCUCCAUUCAAACUUUUCAAAUUUCAACCAGUCACCAUUGAGUAUGCUGAGAAUAUCGGGCAGUCAGAAGAGUCGAUGAACUCAACGAAGGGUCCCAUUUGUAAUUGUUGAACCACCAAAGAAAAAC